AGAAAUGCCGCCAAGAGUAGCAUAACUCACGUAUUUCCCGCGAAGACUAGCACAACUCGCGAAUUUUUUAAAAAAAAGUGAAUUUAUAAAAAUGCUUGUAAAAAAUUAUUGUAUUUGUGAAAACAAUUUUAAAUUCGGUAAAAAGUUGUAAAUUGUGAACAUUUAAAAAUGUUCGUUAGGGACAUUUUCGCAAAAAUCGGGAAAUUUUUAUAGAAAUUCGUUGUUUAAAGUUUGAGUUGUGCUAGUUUAGCGUGCGUCAAAUGCGUUGUGCUACUUAUGACGGGAAAUUUGAACAGUGCUACUCUUCGUAGGGAGCGACGACUUACUCGCGUGCGUGUGAUCUUUCUCGUUGUAUAGAAAGAGAAAGAGAAUUUGUUUGUUGAUUUUUUAUCGCAGAUUUCGUUUUGACGUUUCGAUAGGAACGAUAUUUCAAUUUUCGAAAGCGAGGAAUGGAACGUUGCGGAGUAAAUAUGCAAACGAUUAUUUUCUGUAGCCAUUUCGCGAUUACGCGAAGGUUUAGUUUGUAAAAAGCCCACCAGAUACGAGACUAACCUGACCUGCAGGCUUAUAGUCGAGAGAGGAAAACACAUGCGCGGUUCUGCAGUGUACUGACGGGGUCGUGUGUUUUUUGAAUCCUUUUUAUUGAGGUUAUAAUCUAUCCGGUGAAAAGAGAAAACGAAACCACCAAUUUACGAGAAAAUGAUUUAUUUAAAUCGGACAUCCAACAAAUAAUAUCGUUUUCUCUCUAUUAUCUGCAACAAUUUGAUACCAAUCACAAGAAAUUUUCACGUUUCGUUGCUCACGUUUUUUAAUGCAAUUUAACGAUGGGGCUCUUUAUUCGCUCUUCAACGUGUAUGCUGCAGUGUGCUAAGCGUAUGCUCUCCACUAAUGUUGCAAUGAGUUCUGUAAUAGCAAACCCAGUGAAUCCUAGGAGAAUCAACAACCAACACGUUUUCAAUGCGAUCGUUGAAUCUGAUUCACUCAUCAUCAAGAAAAUGAAAAGCAAUGAAAUAAUGCAAGAUGAACAAUGGGCAGCAGCACGUAAAGAUUUGUUGGAAACUUAUAAUUUAACAGAGACUAAUGUUGAUUCAAAGAUAUACGAUCUAUGUCAGUACUACAACAGACUUGACGAGGCAAUGCAUUAUUUUCAUUUUUUGGAGCGUAACAAUUACAAAAUUCCUUUGAUCAUCGCUGGAGAAUAUCUUAGGAUGUUCUACACUCGAAACGAAACAGUUACUGCUGAGGAAGAGGAAGAGAUUUGUCGAGUUUAUGACAAUUUGAGAAAAAAAUAUCCACUUUUAGAUGCGAAAACAUGCAGCAGCUGUAUUUUAGCCUUAUCACUCACUAAAAGAUGGAAGGAGACGCUAGAAUUAUUAGAAAUGAUGAAAAUUACUAGCAAUCCUGGCCAAUCCGUAAUGUCAGCCAUCAUUAGUGCAGCAUUUAGAAACCAAGAGGUACCAAUGGGCUGGACAAUAAUGACUGAAGUGACUGAAAGAUAUCCAUUGGAGCCUCGUGUCUACAAGGAUUAUCUGACUCAUUGUUUGAAUAAAGUUGACAAAAGUAAGUUACAUGAAGAAAUAGAAAAGAUGUUUCUCUUCUGGGGUCAGCAUGAUAUUAAACCAACGGAAGAAGUCAUUAUGAAGUAUACAAAUUUGUAUGAAUCCUUCGGGUACACUGCAAAACCAACUACAAUUUCAAAGAGAGGAGAAUGCUCGCAUUGCAGUCAAGUACUACAAGCAACUACUUUAAGCAAAAGUGAUUUUAAAUUGUUGUCAACUUCGGUUUUAAGUAAUUUGAUUGUAGGAAAGAACGUGUUCUGUGCAUCAUCGCCACAAGAAUUAAAAAGAUAUUUGCUCUUUGUUCAAACAAUGAAACCCUACGAUGUUGUUAUUGAUGGACUAAAUGUAGCUUAUGGUGCUCGUAAAGCUAAUGAACCUGGUUCUCUUCAGAGCGUAUUGAACGUUGUUAACUAUUUCUACAAUGGAAGGAAAAGAGUUCUAGUUAUGGGUAGAGCACACAUGAAUUGGUGGUCGAAUGAAACUAUGAAAGCUAUACACGAGAAAGCAGAUGUCUUUUUAACAAAAAAUAUAUCUCAGGAUGACCCUUAUCUGCUCCAUGUCACACUUCUAAGUGGACCUCAAACGUAUUUUGUAUCUCGUGAUCUGAUGAGACAACACAAAGCCAAGCUUGAUGACGUAAAUCUUCAGAUAAUGUUUAGGAGAUGGCAACUUUCUCGACAGUACAAAUUCACUAAGGAGCACAAGAGUCAUUUCGUUAAACUUAUACCACCUCUAGCUUUUGAAAUUUCUGCGCAAAAAAACAAAGCCAAUUGGCACAUGCCGUAUACCACGAGUCACGAUUUGCUUUUACCACAAGAAUAUACAAUCCCGCCGAAUUGGAUCUGUUUGUCAAAGAAAAAAGAUUGAAGUAAGGUUUAUUUUCAAAAGUGCGUUAUUCGCAAUAACUCUAUUUUAUUUCUUGCUAAUUAGGAAAAUUUCUUUCUAUUUUUCUUCUGCCAAUAUGUAAAUAAAAUUUUGCAAAAUAAUAUUUUCAAACCUUUGUGAGGAAAGUUUUGAAAAUUUUGAAAAUAGCGUGUAUGUAUAUAUUUAGAAUGUCGUUGUUGUUAAUUUGUUUUGCAACGAAUAAAAACAAUUUGAUAUUACUAGUA